AUGGACCCUCCAAGUCGUGAACCCAUCGCCGUUGUCGGCAUUGGCUGUCGCUUUCCAGCAGGUGUUUCCACGGCGAAGAAGUUCUGGGAAACAUUGCAACAUGGCACGGAGGUUGUGGGCGAUGUCCCCAAAGACCGGUUUGACUCCAGCUCGUUCUACGACGUAGACCCCCAGAAAUAUGGGACUAUACGGAACCGCAAAGGCGGGUUUGUAGACGACAUCAAGUCAUUUGAUGCGGAAUUCUUCGACUACUAUCCAGCAGAAGCGUCCCGAAUCGAUCCCCAGCAACGCCUGGUACUGGAAGCGAGUGUCCAUGCACUACAGGACUCUGGCACUUGUCUAGAGAUGGUUUCUGGUUCAAAAACGGGCGUCUUCCUCGGCACCUCUAUGUAUGACUACCUGGCUAUCCAGACGGCCACGGGGCAUCGGGAUAUCGUCAGCCCCCAUGUGGUCAUGGGAACCUCGAUAUGCGCAACGGCAAACCGCGUGUCUCAUCGGCUCAACCUACAAGGCCCCAGCAUUACGCUUGACACGGCCUGCUCGAGCAGCAUGACGGCACUGCAUCUCGCCUGUCAGAGUAUCUGGACACAGGAAACCGAGGGGGCCCUAGCCGGUGGGGUUAAUGCUAUUCUUCGACCGGAGCCCACCAUCAUGUUGUCCAAGGCUGGAUUCCUGUCCCCAGAUGGAUCCUGUAAGCCAUUUGACGCAUCGGCGAAUGGCUACGUUCGCAGCGAAGGUGUGGGUGUUGUGUACCUGAAGCCACUCAGCAAAGCACGCCGAGACAAUGAUCGCAUCUAUGCUUGUAUCCGCGGCUCUCUUAUUAAUCAGGACGGAUAUACACCAGAUGGAUUUGCAGUUCCAAGUUUCCUCGCGCAGGCACGGUUAUUGAAGACGGUUUACACCCAAUCGGGCGUAGACCCGAAAAUGGUUCAGUAUGUGGAAGCCCACGGACCUGGUACGUCGGUCGGCGAUCCGAUCGAAGCAAAUGCCCUGGGUAAGGAACUGGGACAGGGGCGUUCCAAGGAGGAACCCCUUUGGAUUGGGUCCGUCAAAGGGAAUUUUGGUCACCUGGAGGGUGCCGCUGGGAUUAUUAGCUUUAUCAAGGCCUCGCUCAUCACCUUCUACGGCGAGAUCCCCCCGCAGCCCAACCACGUAAUCCCAAACCCUUCUAUCAACUUCAAAUCACUGCGAUUGGCUGUGCCAAGCAAGCGAAAACAGUUACCCCGUGACGAUAAACGGAAGAGGCUGGUCGGUCUCAACUCCUUUGGAGCUGGAGGUUCCAACGCCCAUAUCAUACUGGAGCAGGCACCGGAUGACAUCUGCGCAUAUAUGGAGAAGUCUAGUUGUGCAGCGCGUGUUUUCGUUUUAUCCGCCAAAUCACAGUCUGCAUUGGCGCAUACCGCUAAAGACCUGGCUGCCCACCUGCGCUUAGAGAAACCAUAUAUGGAAGAUGUCGCAUACACACUGAAUAUGCGCCGAGAUCAACAUCCCCAGAUAUCAGUUGUGCCGGCCAAUGGCUUAGAGGAUCUGUGCCAGCGACUUGAUCACCUCGGCGCUGGCAAGCCAUCCAAGGCAAGUGUGACACUCCAGAAGCUAUCUGGAACACCCUCUAGAGUCGCCUUUGUAUUCUCCGGUCAAGGCGGCCAGUGGCUUGGAAUGGGUCGGCAGCUUGCGGAUCAAGAAUCAGUUUUUCGCGACCAUCUGGCGGCUUUCGAUGAUAUUUUCACUUCUAUGGCGAACUUUUCGAUCGUUGAUGAGAUCUUCGACGAUUCCGUGGACUCGACUAGGACCAAUAAGACUACUAUAGCCCAGCCGGCGAUCGCAGCGAUUCAAAUUGCACUAGCAAAGACUCUUAUGUUCUAUGGUGUCAUACCAGAGAGCUGCGUCGGACAUUCGAUCGGAGAGGUCGCUGCAGCCCAUAUAUCCGGCGCAAUAAACCUAGAAGAAGCUGUGGCCGUGGUCUACUUUCGGUCUCAGAUUCAGAACAAAGCCGCCGGGGAGGGGUCAAUGCUGGCCGCAGGGGUCUCAGGAACAGAGGCUGCUAAGUUAAUCCAGCCCUUCCAGGUCAGUGACAGCGUGGAGAUCGCAGGCUACAAUGGCCCAAAGAUGACUACCCUCACGGGCAAGAUAGCCGACUUGAAGAAAGUUGCGAGUAACCUGGAGAGUCGUAGAAUAUUUGCUCGCUUUGUCAAAGUAGAUAAUCCUUACCACAGCCGCUUCAUGGAUCCGCUGAAAGACGACCUUCUCACGGCCUUGUCUCCAAUCCAGGGGAGACAAGCGGAAAUCAAUCUCUACUCUACCGUUACUGCGUCCGUCGAGUCAGGGACACAUCUAACCGGGGAAUAUUGGUUCAGGAACAUCCGGAGCCCAGUUAGGUAUGUGGAGACAGCUUCCAGAAUGAUUGAAGACGGUUUGAACUUUCUGGUGGAGAUCGGACCGCACCCAGUCCUGAUCUCCGGAACCAGAGACAUAGCAGAGGCUGCUAAACGGCAAGUUCAUCUGUUUCCCGCCAUGGCCCGUGGGAGCGACGUGGAGCCACUCUCUUGUGUUAUCGGUGCUGCAUAUGCAGUGGGUAUCCCUGCCCAACUUUCAGCCUUUAAUAGUGGGAGGGGUCGUUUGAUUGACCUGCCGUUGUAUCCUUUCCAAAGGCAGCACUACUGGUUUGAGCAUCCCAAAAUCCAAAAUACCCGGCUAGCAGAGUCUCGCCAUCCGUUUCUGGAAGACUCGACCAACCUGACUGAUGACGGGCGGGGCAUAUUGCAUCUUCGACUAAGCACCGGCGUUUCACCAUUUUUAACGGACCAUGUAGUUGACGGAGCAAUUGUGUUCCCGAUGACUGGACAGGCUGAAGCGACAUUCCUGGCGGCAAGCAUAUAUCUACAUCAGUGGGUAUGGUUGGAGGAUAUUCAACUUGAACAGCCUGUCGUCCUGGCGUCGCCAGAAGACUUUCCUCCCCAGGUGAUGCUUGAAAUCACUAGUCCCGCCAACGACUUCAUUCUGAGCACCCGACAAGCUGAUGCAAGCCCAACAACCACGGGGAAAGUCUGUACCCGAGGUCGGAUCAACGCGCGCGACCAGCCGCCCAAGAUAAACCCAGAGGCAAUGGAAAGCGUAAGGGCUCGCCUCCAGUCAGGGACUGAGGUAGACACCGAUCUAUUUUACCGGCGAGUUGAGGAGGCAGGCCUUCGAUAUGGCGAAGCAUUUCGCUGCAUUAGAAACGCCUGGCGCCUGGGCGAAGAGGUCUUCUCGGUGGUUGAGCUCCCGUCUCAGCUGCGUGAAGAAGCAGCACGAUUUAAUUUCCACCCGGCACUGCUAGAUGCUUGCCUUCACACAGUGUUUGUUUAUCAACACUAUGUCGGCGACCCUAGCUAUAUGUACCUGCCGAGCAACGUGGGAACAUUCGUCAUGCUGAAUGACUAUCCUGUUACAAAGGCCUUUACGCAUAUCCAGAUGACUCGCCACGACGCUACGUUCCUUGGGUGCGAUGUGUUUGUCUAUGGAGAGCGUGGUCAGCUCAUCGCGAUGCUGACGGGCCUCACGGCCAAGCGUCUCCAGGGCAAAACUUUAUCCCAGGCGGUGGAAUACCAGGUGCAAUUCCACCCAGAGACGGAGGAGCAACUGAGCAAAGUAGAGGCAGAUUUUGAGAAUGUCUUACUCUUACACCCACUAUCCAGCCAGUGGGACUGGCUAGGAUCUGCGAUCCAAAGAGCAUUUCCUAGUUCACGCGUCCAUGAGAAGGAGAUGGAGGCAGUGGACGCUGCGUGGGAAACUGCUCAAUGGGGGUUCAAUUUAGACCGUCGGACACUACUCAUCUUGCCGGCAUUGAUAUCAGGACCACCAGAUUUACGUCUUUCAAGAGGUCUGGAUGCCGUGAUAAGGACAUUCAGCCGUGUCGCAUCUUGGAUUCAUGGCCAGACCGGCAGUUGCAUGGUGGUCGUACUCACCAAGGGGGCCUGUAUAACCGCGGAGGAUACACAAUGCGAUCCCCUGGCCUCUUCACUGGAAGCAGCUGCACGUGUUAUGGCAAAUGAGCUGCCAUAUUGCCCGAUCCGCAUCAUCGAUCUUGAACUUGACGAGAUGGACCGACAAAUCCCCUUUCUAGAGGCAGAGUUGCGAACAGUUCGAGUAGGCCGCCAUGAAACGGUGGUAGCCCUUCGGUCGAAAGGCUGUUUCGUCAGGCGAAUAGUGGCCGUUGAUGUAGAGCAGGAAGGAAGAAAGAACCAGAGGUCGCUCCCUGCACGAGGAGGGAGGUAUCAAGCGCAACCAGACCCCAACGGCUCGUUCGAUAGCGUCGUCCUUCGGCAGCAACCUUUCCAGAAGCCGGGUCCGGAUGAAGUUGGAAUUGAAGUCCAUGCAGUAGGUUUGAACUUCAAGGACGUCAUGAAUGCACAGGGCCUCCUAGGCGAGCGAGCCGCCUCGGGGAGUUUAGCCGGCGGCCAAAACCUAGGGCUGGAGAUCGCCGGGCGAGUUGCAGAUAUCGGUCAGAAUGUGAAAGGCAUCGAGCGUGGUGCCCCAGUCAUGGCACGAGUUUCCAACGGCAUCGCCGGGUAUGUCGUUGCCAGUCGUGACCUUGUUGUACCCGUACCCUCCUCUCUUUCACUUACCCAGGCCGCUUGCGUCCAGAUUAUUUUCCUCACAGCGUACUAUGCUCUCGUAUACCUUGCAAGGCUCACAUCCGGAGAGAGCGUGCUAGUCCAUUCAGCAGCCGAUGGGGUGGGUAUCGCAGCGAUUCAAAUUGCGAAGCUUUUUGGAGCUCGUGUGUACGCAACGGCAGGAAGCCCUUCUCGACGAGCCGUGGCGUCUAGAUGGGGAGCUGAAGCAGUUUUCGACUCUCGCUCUCUGUCGUUCCAUGAUGAGGUCAAGCGGGUCACGGAGGGUCGGGGCGUUGAUGUGGUGCUGAAUUGUCUGACUGGGGCCAUGUUCUCACAGUCAGUGGCAUGCCUUGCUCCAUUCGGACGCUUUUUAGAAAUUGGCACGACAGACAUCUAUCGAAACACGAGGAUAAGCUUGGAACAGUUCAGACAGAACGGUUCUUUUUUCGCCGUUGACGUCGACCGAUUGGCGGCACAAAAGCCAGCUUUACACCGUCAACUCGUUAACGAGGUGUGUGAAUUGUUUAAUAGCAGUAAAUUAAUGCCCCCACCGAUUACCACGUAUCCAGUCACCGCGCUACCCACGGCGCUUAAGGAGCUCUCACGGUCUUCCGUUAUCGGCAAGGCCGCGGUGGAAAUGUCGGCUGGGGUAUAUGUCCAAGCAGCACCCCCAUUGCAGCUCAAAUUACACGAAGGUCGGACUUAUGUCAUAACCGGCGGUCUAAGUGGAUUAGGACUGCGCCUGGCCAAGUUCUUGGAUGAGCGAGGAGCAAAACAUCUCGUGCUUGUCAGCAGGACAGGGCCAAAGUCUACCGAAGAUCACGCUGUCCUAUCAGAUAUGCAACGUCGAGGAACUACGAUCCACAUCGAAAUUGGUGAUAUCAGUAACGCUGAAACAGUUCACUUCCUAUUCCAGCAGCAGAGGCCCUGGCCACCCAUUGCAGGUGUUAUUCAUUGUGCCGGCAUCCUUACAGCAGUUUCUGCCCAUAAUGUUACAACGGACAGUUUCCGGCAAGCUUUCUCUCCGAAGGCCAUGGGCGCGUGGAAUCUGCACCAGUCGACACAAGGGAUGCGCCUCGACUUCUUUGUCCUCAUAUCCUCUAUUAGCAGUGUUGUCGCCGGGUACGGCCAGCUAGGCUAUGCGGCAGCAAAUCAGUUCCUUGACGGGCUUGCUCACCAUCGUCGAGCCUCUGGUCUGCCCGGAAUCUCGCUUAAUCUCGGCGUUUUGGGGGAUUACGCCGGCAUGUCUCGUCGUCUCUAUGCCGAAAAUCGUUCAUUACUAAGGCUCUUAGAAUCCGAGGGGCAAUCGACAAUGAGUCUUGCACGUGUUUUAUCUGCUCUCGAGCGCUCCCUUAUUUAUAGCAGAACCCAGAGCCUGGCUGCAAGCAUCGACUGGUCAAUGUUCUUUAAGGCCUAUCCCCAUUUGGCUAUCGAUGGUGCUUAUCAUGGGUUAGAUAAACAGCAGGAAGUAGCGGAGAGUGACGAGUCUAAGCGACUUUCAUCUCAACUGUCGGGUCCAGAGCGAAUCCAGGCGAUCACCGACAUAUUGCAAUCAGGACUGGCGAGAAUAUUAGGAGUGGAUACUAACCGUAUCUCUCCAACGGAAAAGAUCGACCAUUAUUCCUUCGACUCUCUGAUUCUCACGCAGGUGCGAAGCUUGAUCCUCCGAGAGAUAAGAGUACCAUAUCCUCUUAUAAAGCUUUUCCAGGGACCAAGCCUGCAUGAGAUUGCUGCGGAUCUAGAUGGGAUUUCUCGUAACGAGUCGUUGACAGCAGGCCCUACCAACACUGGAGAUGAACAGUCUGAACUCACAUCUUACGAUGGACUGACCAGGCUUUCAUCACCUUGGUUCGUUCGUGGUAAUCCUGUCAAUACCGGCUGCCCCCGUGUUCUGUGCUUCCACUCGAUGGGUGUAGGCGCAUCUCUUUUCAAUCCAUUCUUAAUGGAUCCCCCAGAGGGAUUAGAUCUGGUCGCCGUGCAACUACCUGGGCUUGAGACGCGCGCGGACGAACCCCGUGCUGCCAGCGUAUCCGAGAUCGUAUCCAACAUUCUGGAAGACAUGGAAAAGGUAGUUGGGAUCCCUCAUAUCAUCUGGGGCCACUCGUUCGGAGGGAUUAUUGCCUUUGAAGUUCUUCGUGCUCUACGACGACGGGACCAUCCUUUGCCACGCCUGCUAGUCACGGGUACUAUCGCGCCACACCUAAUAAGCACCUGGAAAAAGCGAGAUAUCCUGGUCGAAUCUUUUCGGGAGGAUAUCCAGCCCGAGUAUCUUCUUGCUGUGGCACGCUACGUGGAAAAUGCGGACUUUAUGCGUUCCAUUCUGCCCCUGAUAAGGCAGGAUGUGCCUUUGCUACUCAAAUAUCACUUCAAGGAGGAGGAGCCGUUGGAUACAACCAUCACGGGAAUUACCGCCCGUCAGGAUGAUAUCGUGUACCCGGAAGAGGUCGCUGCCUGGAAAACGCAUGCUAAGGGUUUUAAUCUAAUCGAAGUUGACGGGGACCACUGGUUCGUGUAUCGAAAUCGUAAGCUGCUGCGCGAGACGUUGGCGACUAUAGCAUGCGAGGUUGAUGGGCGGUUGCUGGCUGCAGAUCUGAAGAACUAG